CCAAUGUUUGGGAUGGAUUGUAUACACCUGUGUCCAUGGAGGGGAUUGGAACACCUAAAUCCCAUGAUAUGGAGGGGAUUGGAACACCCGAAUCACAUGAUUUGGAGGGGAUUGGAACACCCGAAUCACAUGAUAUGGAGGGGAUUGAAACACCCGAAUCACAUGAUAUGGAGGGGAUUGGAACACCCGAAUCACGUGAUUUGGAGGGGAUUGGAACACCCGAAUCACGUGAUUUGGAGGGGAUUGGAACACCCGAAUCACGUGAUAUGGAGGGGAAUGGAGCACCCGAAUCACGUGAUAUGGAGGGGACUGGAACACCCGAAUCAUGUGAUUGGGAGGGGAUUGGAGCACCUGAAUCACAUGAUAUGGAGGGGAUUGGAACACCUGAAUCUCAUGAUAUGGAGGGGAUUGGAGCACCUGAAUCACUUGAUAUGGGGCGGGUAUUGGGACUCCUGAAUCACAUGAUAUGGAGGGGAUUGGAGCGCCUGAAUCACAUGAUACAGAGGGGAUUGGAACACCUGAAUCACAUGAUACGGAGGGGA